UUUUUUUCGAGCCAUGGCAGUUAACAACAACAUAAUGGUACGACUGUUGAUUAUAGAGAUCACGUUUUUGAUAUUAGCCGUCGUCAACUCAUACCCAGCKUUUGGAGAUAACGAAUUUAAACAUAAAAUCAGAGACAAAGGGAGAAGUAUAAGAGGUUUCAAAAAUAUGGACUUAUCUACAGCUAGAGGGUUUGGUAAACGAACCGACCAUUACAUGAAUUUAAUGCCAUUGGAUUUAUUUUUGAACAACAAAGAAGAUAGCUACAAUCAAAAUAUACCGAUGGAAGUGUAUUUGGAAAAAAUACUGAAGAACAAAUACAAUAAUUUUAUUGAAAAGCUAAUCGAUUUCAACCAUGACAAUUAUCUUUCCGGAGAAGAAUUGCUGCAGCCAAUUGAGGGCGAAUCAUAAUAAGAAGUUAUAUAUAAAUAUGAAUUAUAUAUAUUAUUAAAGUCAGUUUCACUUACAAAUAAUUUGGUUGUAAAUGUCUUCAAAAUUAAAAAAUAUAUAUAUUAAUGUAA